AGUGAGCAGCAUGCUAAGCUGCAGCAAUGAAUAGUGACUGUGGAGAGGGUAUGCGCUAACCCCCCACCCCCACCCCACCCAACAGGCCCUCACAGAAAACACUAAAGUAAAAGCUCACACCUCUCAUAUGCUGCAAACCAGGCAACAUCUCUUCACAAAACAUCAUCAAAGUCAAUAGAGAUCAUGAGGGUGCCUUAUUUUCCUGCAAGAUCAGUCCUUUUCCACAAGGAGUCGAACGGCAUCACCUACAGGGUGCCGGCACUACUCUACCUGCGCCAUUGCCGCUCCUUCCUGGCUUUUUGCGAGGAGAGACUAAGCCCAUCAGACUCCCAGGCUCACCUGCUGGUCAUAAGAAGGGGAACUUUCUACAGGAAUUAUGUGGAGUGGGAAGGCAUGCACGUCCUCGCCACAGCGUACCUGCCGGGCCAUCGCUCCAUGAACCCGUGUCCCGUGUAUGACGAGUUCACCAGCACAAUCUUCCUGUUCUUCAUCGCCAUUCUGGGUCACACCCCCGAAUCCUUCCAACUGGCAACAGGGAAGAAUUUAACUCGUCUUUGCUGCAUCUCCAGCACUGACGACGGCGUCACGUGGAGUCCAGUCAGUGACCUCACCCAGCAGGUCAUAGGAGACACUAUUAAAGAAUGGGCCACCUUUGCCUUGGGUCCAGGCCACGGUAUCCAGCUGAAGUCCGGGCGCCUCCUCAUCCCCGCCUACGCCUACCACAUCGAGUGCAAACAGUGCUUUGGAAAACUUUGCCAGACGGCUCCACACUCCUUUUGCUUCCACAGCGACACCCAUGGGCGAACCUGGCGUUUCGGGCAAACAGUACCGGGUCCAGAGAGUGUGGAGUGUCAGAUGGUGUCGGUAGACGAGGAGGACGGGACCAACAUGUUGUACUGUAACGCACGUACCCGACUGGGCUACAGGGUGCAGGCCAUCAGUCUGGAUGGUGGCGCCACCUUUCAGGAGGGGCAGCUAGUGCAGCGGCUGGUGGAGCCUCGAAACGGUUGUCAUGGUAGCGUGGUGGGCUUUCCGGCUCCCCUGCAGUUUUUCCCGAAUCUUGAUCACCGUUCACAAACGCCUCCUUUGACACUUCUAGGCGCCACUUCUCCAGACUUCCUCACACCCACUUGGGUGGUGUACUCCCACCCAACGUGGACCAGCGCUCGCAAGGAUCUGGGACUCUUCCUAAGUCUUUAUCCCCGGGACCCUGAUAGCUGGCGUGGCCCCUGGGUGAUCUACGAGGGUCCCUGCGCAUACUCCGACCUGACUUACAUUGAGCUGCCCCCCUCACCUGGCGCCUUGCCACCCGCUGUGGCCUUCGCCUGCCUGUUUGAAUGCGGCACCAGGACGGCUUAUGAUGAAAUCUGCUUUUGUGUCUUUACUCUCUACGAGCUGAUCGAUAACCUGCCUUCGGGUGACCGCCUCAUAAGCUGUGAUUAUAAAAAAUAUCCAGCUCCAAACGCCAGUGAAAGCGGACAUGGUAGCCGUCAACAUGCGUCACACAUGAAGAAGAGGAGGACAAAGAAACUUAGUCACUGCUGCUGUCUGUCUUAAACCUAUUUUUCAAUCAUGUCUUGUAACAAACAUUUAGUUUCUAUUCCAGCACCAGCACCCCUGACAUGCACUGAUAAUAUCUAAUAUGGCCCCCGAACUUAUCUAGAAAUAAAUGCAUUGCAUACCAGCAUUUUGUUCAUAUUCUGAUAAA